AUGAUCACGUACGAUCAUGGACCGACCUCUCAGACGGCGACUCACGAAUACUACGAAACACUUAGACUUGAUUUGGGAAAAUAUAGACGCAUGACGCCAUCUACAGAUGUUAUCGGUGUAAAGUGGUCAUGUGGCGCGUGCAACAACGUGACCCAGCUGUCGACCCAGCUGGACCUGCUGCUGGCGGAGUACGAGCGAGCAUCUCCCCCGGCCGCUCCCACGGACGUCUCGGCCGCCUUGGAGGUCAAACAUGCCACCGUCAAUGAGAAAGACGCUACCGUCAGGCUGCUCGCCACCAUGUACCUGAGCUGGGAGGACAAGCGUCUGUCCUGGAACGCGACCGCUUGGGGCUGUGAUAGUACGUUAGUAUCAGCGGAGCGUCUGUGGCGGCCCGAGGUGCGCGUGUUGAGCGCGGCCACGGCGGGCGUGGACAGCGGCGCGGGUCCCCGGGCGCGCCUCACCAGCGCCGGGCUCGUGUCGUGGCCCGCGCCCGUGGACCUGCUGGCUCCCCUCACGCUCACACUAACAGACUGGCCGCACGACGAACAGCGGGCCGUGUUCAAGUUUGGUUCACAGUCACACACCGUGGAGGAGUUGAAACUGACCGUCAGCAAGAAAGAGCGGUCCGCCGUGUUCGAGUCAGGAGCGUGGGAGCUGGUAUCGAUCCAGAGCGCGGAGUCUACCUGGCGCCGGCUGGACGCCGACCACAGCGUGUUGUCCUGGUCGUUGAGUCUCCGGCGGCGCGCGGCGGCUCACUCCCUGUCAGCCAGCGCCAUCCUCGCCACCUCCGUGUUGCUGCUGGUCGGAGCCGCCCUCAUGCCGCCGGACAUGCGCGCUCCACUGUGUGCUGUGGCCGCUCUAAUUGUCUCAUUGUGGUUCAUCUCCAGCCUCCCUCGCCUGGGCAGCGCGUCCUCCGCUCCGCUAGUAAUGAGUCUGUUCUGUGUGGUGAGCUGCGUGUCCUGCCUAGCGGCGGGGGGCGCAGCGCUAGUGCUCCGCGUGAGUCGUUGUUCCGCUGCUCCUCCACCAGCCCUACGCAAGUUACUCACCACCGCCUCCACCUUCUGUAGUCUUGGUCCCUCAGAGUCAAGCGGCGUGGAGUACAGCGCGUGGGCGGCGGCGGCCCGGCUGCUCGACUAUGGACUCCUGGCUCUGUUCGGAUUCACGCUCACUGUAGUCGUGUGUCUCUACAUCUAG